AUGGCCAAAUGGAAUCUGACCCGGCGCAGAGCGCAGGAGCAGCCCGAGACAGAAACGCACGAGACAGAAGAAACGAAAGAAACGACACAGACGGAGCCGGACUUCGCAACCAAAAAACCAAAUGUCGCAGAGGCCGCCGUGGACGAGGAGAACCUCCAUCUCAAGGGCGACACCGCUGCCAUCGAACAAGAGACGCAAGAGAACCCCGAAAUCGCCGCCUUGCCGCUCACGGUGCGCCAGCUGGUGAAUCUGACUGACGACCCGACCCUCCCAACCAUCACCUUCCGGUACUUUAUCCUCUCCGCCAUCUUCGUGAUCCCCGGUGCGUUCUUGUCACAGAUGAGCUACUUCCGCACCACCAAGGCACCCUACUCCAUCUUCUUCGUGCAGAUCGCCUGUCACUAUGCCGGCCACUUCAUGGCUAGAGUGCUCCCAGCCUGGAACAUCGGUAUUCCAGGCACUCGGUUCAAGUUCAGUCUGAACCCCGCCCCGUGGAGCAUCAAGGAGCACGUGUUGGUGACACUGACGGCCGCCUCCGGUGCGACCUACAACCUGGGGUAUGCCCCAAUCGUUCUAGCCGAGCUGUGGUACGGAACCCGAAUCAAUCCCGCCGUGGCCAUCUUCUUCAUGCUGUCUAUCGUCUGGAUUGGGUACUCCUUUGCGGCCCUGGCCCGCCAGAUUCUGUUGCCAGAUCCCGAAUACAUCUGGCCCCAGGCGCUCAUGCAGACCACAUUGUUUGAAACCUUCCGCAAGACCGACACCUCGUCUGCUCUCGCUCGGCGACAGAUGAAGGUUUUCUUCUUCGCGCUGCUUGGCAUGACCUUGUGGCAGUUCAUCCCAGAAUAUGUGUUCCCAUUCACCUCGUCACUGGCGUUCCUGUGCUGGGUGGCCCCUCGCAACCCCGUUGCUAACUUUAUUGGCUCCGGCAUUGGAGGAAUGGGCUUCCUGAACCUCUCCCUAGAUUGGUCCAAUGUCAACUGGAAUGGUUCCUCGAUCAUGACCACCCCGUUCUGGACGCAGGUCAUUCUGUUCUUGGCUUUUGCCUUCAACUGCUGGGUCCUCCUUCCUGCAGCGAAGUGGGGAAACCUGGGCUCCUAUAAGCAUGGCCUCAUGUCAAACACCCUGUUCAUGGCCAACGGUACAGCCUAUCCAACCCUUGAGGUACUGACCCCGGAUUACCACCUCAACACAACCGCAUUCGAACACUACGGACCCAUGUAUAUGGGCCUGCAGAAUGUGUGGGCUACCUUCUUUGACUAUGCCAAACUGCCGGCCGCGGUGACGUGGAUCCUGACGUUCGGAUAUGCCCAGGUGUCUGGUAACAUCCGACGCAUCCUUGACUCUCGUAAAGCCGAGAAGGACAAGACUGCCCAAAGUAUUCACCACCAGUAUCACGACCGUCUCAAUGUCAUCCAGAGGCAGUACAAAGAGAUUCCGUGGUGGUGGUAUGGCACCCUAUUUUUGGUGGCUUUUGUCAUCUUGAUCAUUUUCCUUGCCCUCGGCCAUCUUUUCAUUCCGAUUUGGACUUUGUUUGUGGCGCUUGCAAGCGCUGCUGUUCUGGUCAUCCCCUUCGCCUGGCUUUACGCCAUCUCCAACUACCAGCUAGAGACAGGUUCUUUCAAUGAGCUCAUGUAUGGCUACAUGGUCCACACCAAAGCUGGCGAGAGUCACCAGCACCCAUGUGGACCUUCUGUGUAUGGAUCGAUCGCAGGUGAUGCCUGGUACCGUGCCCAGUACAUGCUGCAGGACCAAAAGAUUGGCCACUACAUGCAUAUCCCGCCGCGGGCAGUGUUCUUCUCCCAAAUCUUUGGUACUUGCAUGGGUGUCCCUAUCAACUAUGCCGUCAUGCGUUGGAUCAUGAGCACCAAGGGCGAUUUCCUGACCGGAAAGAAGACUGACCCCCUCAAUCAAUGGACUGGUCAAUCACUGCGGAACUCCAACACCAUGGGUAUUCAAUAUGCCAUCCUGGGACCAAAGCGGCUCUUUGCCGAGUCAGAAAUGUCCAUCCUACCCUGGUCGUUCUUGAUCGGAGCAGUCAUUCCUCCGAUUCUGUUCAUUGCCCACCGAUUCUUCCCGCGACUGCGCAUUGAGAUGUGGAACGUGAGCAUCUUCUUUGGAGGACUUGCAAUGUUCUACGGUAACAUCAGUACCGGAUAUACCUCUGCGAUCAUCGGUGGCUACGUUGUGAUGUACUGGGCCUACCGCAAGCACUUCGAGACCUGGAAGCGAUACAACUAUUUGCUUGCUGCUGCCUUCGAUGCUGGGUUCAAUCUUUGCAUGCUGCUUAUCUUCUUCUUCUUUGGAGCUGGCAAGCAGAUCCAGAUGCCCGAAUGGUGGGGAAAUAAUAGCAACUCAGUUGAGAGAUGCUUUGCUCUCGACAGUUGA